AUGAUAGCUACUUUGCAAGUAAAGCCCAUGUUGAUUGAUCAAAUAAAAGUAGCAACUCAAAGUGAUGAAAAUUAUCAGAAGUUAAUAGAAGAAGCUGGGGAUGGCAAGAAACUAGACCUUUUAGUGAAUGAUGAUGGCUUACUACUAUACAAGGGUAGAAUGUGCAUUCCAAAUGACGUGAAAUUGAGGCAAGUCAUUAUGAAAGAAGCACAUAAUUCUCCAUUUGACAUACACCCUGGUGGAACAGAAAUAUAUAGAAUUGUUAAAGAGCACUAUUGGUGGAUGACACAGAAGAGUCAAGAUACAAUAUGGGUCAUUGUGAAUAGAUGGACCAAGUUUGCACACUUUCUGCCAGUGAGGAUGGACUAUAGCCCAGAGAAAUUGGCUAAACUAUACAUUGAUGAGAUAGUGAGACUUCAUGGAGUACCGAUAUCUAUUGUGUCAGAUAGAGAUCCAAGGUAG